CAAGUUGUUCAAGGCAAUUGGUCUGUUCCACAAUUAUAUUGUGUUGAUAAGGCAACUGGUCUGUUCCGCAAAUUAUAUUGUGUUAAUAAGGCAAUUGGUCUGUUCCGCAAAUUAUAUUGUGUUGAUAAGACAACUG